GCAGCAGCAGAAGAAGAAGAAGAAGGAAAGCAAAAUGGCUGCUCGCUAACGCAUUUUCAAUAAAUUUGAUCUUUUUCUGGUUUUAUCGGAGCACAAUCUUCAGCUGCUCUGGAAUCAGCGUCUGACCAUGUUUUGUCUCCAGCGAUGCCUGCGGCUCCGGUCUGCAGCACCGGUUCGUGUUGCUGCUCGACUCGGCGUCCACAAACUGGCCUCGAUUAAGAAGGUCACCUCACUUCCUCUCAAACAGAAGCAGAGCCUCCUCUACCCCUUCAGCAGUGUGGAGGCUUACCUGCACAGGUCGGUGGACAGGACGCCGUUUCAGCUCUUCCAUCCCAGCGUGGAGGACAUGGCCAAAGCAGAGAAGCUCUUCUGCUCGUCUCCGUCUCAUGUUAUCGAUUACUACACCUCUGCAGAGAGGAUGGACCACACUCCGGAUCUGAAACCCCCAGAGGUGUGUUUCAUCGGCAGGAGCAACGUGGGCAAGUCGUCGCUCAUCAAAGCUCUGUUCUCUCUGACUCCCGAGGUCGAAGUCCGAGUCUCCAAAACCCCCGGUCACACCAAGAAGAUGAACUUCUUCAGAGUGGGCAAAGCCUUCACCUUCGUGGACAUGCCGGGUUAUGGACACCGAGCCCCUAAAGACUUCGUGGACAUGGUGGAGGAGUACUUGUACACCAGGAAGAAUCUGGUGAGGACGUUCCUGUUGGUGGACGGCAGCGUUGGCCUUCAGAAGGCCGACGAGAUCGCUCUGGACAUGUGCGAGGACACCCGAAGUCCGUACGUGGUUGUUGUGACAAAGAUUGAUAAAUGUGGGUUUGGAUCUCUGCUGAUGAACCUUCUGAACCUUCAGAAUGUGCUUAAAGCUCGAACCGCGAGCUGCUUCCCCCAGCCGUUCCUCGUCAGCUCUCUGAAAUAUUCUGGGAUCCAUCUGCUCCGAUGCUUCAUCACGCACGUGACGGGAAGUAUCACUUUGAAGGACACGGCACAGACCGGCGAGUCCCAGAGCUGAUCAGAGACCGGCGAGUUCACAGAGGAGGAUCCGGACUCAACGGAGGUUCUCGGCUGUGUUUUGGUUGAAUGACUGUACAUGUAAACAAUCGAGCUGCUCUUUUUUAAUUUAAAAUAAAAUCUAAAACCG